AUGACACGCUUAACACAGGCUCAAGUGGAAGAAGCCGAGUACACAGUAUUUACCUAUCGUGAGGAACAUUUCAAAAUGGCAGCACGGGUUGAUAUCUCUCGUCUCGUAUUCGACAAAAACUUCAAGCGGCAAAUGAGCAACCGCCAAAAUAUCGCUCGUCUUGAGCGAAUUCUGGACACUCAAGGGUGCCAUCGCCUGAUGGAGGAAUGCCAUGUACCUGUAUUGGUUCCGGAAAGUGAUUGGCAACGUCGCGUUAGGCCACGGCUGGUAGAUGGACAAUUCCAUCAAUUGGAUGUCGAUAUCGACUACCAGCUGCGCGGACAGGACCACGAGAACUUAAUUAUUGCUGCCCGGAAAAAGCUCAGCUCUAGCAAUUCAUGGUGGAUUGUGGAUGUUUAUGUUACAGAGCAGACAGCUGGCGAAGAACCUUUACAAGAAGAAUUUAUCCGAUCACUCCGGGAACGCUUCCCGAAUGACCAAAGGCCUCCGGAUGGGCUUAUAUAUGAGCGAAUACGGUAUUAUGAAGGAUAUCUCGACGGCCCGGUAAACAGGAUCGCAGCAAACCAUUGGUGGGCUGCCCUAGAAAGGGUUCCUGGAAGCAAAAAGGGAAAAUAUCUGCGAGCUUUUCUCAAACAUCCUACACUGCCCCAAGCCUUCGAUGAGCUGCUCCCUAUAGCGGGUAUCUGGGAGGGCAUGCGAAUCGGGCUACUCCACAAGUUGGUGUCAAUGCGUUGUGAUGAGCCUCUCCUAUGCUACCUUAACCACAUAAAAAGCACAUUCUUUGGCUUAAUGGGGGACAGGCGGGAUCUUUUGGCGCAAUUAGACGGCGUGACCAUCCAACUAUUGAAAUCCCGUGUGCCCAAGGUCUCUGCUCGGGACUUGCGGUUCUUGGAAGAUCGAAUGUCAAAGGAAGAAUUGUUCCCUGAUAUUGAAGAUGUUCAAGACCGCACUGGAAUUUGGGAACGAUUGAAAGAGAUCCAGUACCCUAUACCGACACUGGGGACAUUUUUCAAAGAUAGGAUCAGUCUAGACGUAGGCCGGAGUGUACUACAGCAACUCUACAUUCCUGAUCCCCAUCGGAAGAUGACUAUCGACGAAGAACUCGGGGAACAAUAUUACACAGGUGUCCCUGUCAUGACUUCAAAUCGCCAGCAUGGAAUUCGGGGGGAUCUUUAUGAUUUCUGGCGUUUCAGCUUUCAGUAUGGAUUCGAAAUGACCGAUCACAAGCGCCGCACGCGGACAAAGCCUGGGACACAACUCGGGCCGACACCCAUUGAAGAACUUCACGAACGACAGAAACUCUGGCAACAUCUCUUUUGGCUUGUCAGAGAAAAAGGCUUCAGCACCCCUCUUGUGGAUGGACUGCCGGCUCACCCGGUUGAAUUAUCCCCUAUCACACCGUGUGACUAUCCCGCAAGUGUAGAGGAAGACCUACCGGUAGAAAGACGAAAUGGAACGCCGUAUAGGGACUCAGUGGAGGCAGAUCAUUUUGCACUCUCGCGGGAGGUAUUGGAACGGCCUUGGAGCUCCCCCCGAGUUACUGCAGGAUUUGCUCGACGAUCGGUGUUUUUGGCAUAUUUCCGCUAUCUCAAAGACGACCAUGACAGUCAAUUCGUUCCUGAAGUUGAAAACAACGAGGCAGUUCCUCAGGAACCUUCUUUAUGGAACCCAAGCUUUGAUGACCUAAUUCAAAAUACGAUCAUUCCACCAGAAGCAAAUGAAGCAACAGUGCUCUCCGUCUUUUCUACUCCGCAGUUUGAUCCCACUUCACUUGCUCCAGCUGUGAAUAUUCAAUCACCGAGCCGCUUCAAUAUGAAGUUCAUCAUUCCUGGUGAGCCUGACAAAGACGUACCGCUACCAAACAUUCAAUCCGCUUUGAAUAAAUUCUUCGAAGGGUUCUCGAAAUAUCAUUUCCAUAUAUAUUCUCGCGAUAAUCCGACACGAGGCAUCAACGGAAGAGAUUGUUAUUCGCUGUACGUACGGAAUCCGUUUCUAAUUUUACAUGCCGAAUAUAUCGGAGCGGAUCUGUUUCAAACGGUGCUUCACGAGACGGCGAGCAAAAAGCGACGUUUGAAUCGGAACGAACAACUUGAACUUAUUUCUGCCAAAGAAUGGUUGAAUAUGAGCCUGAAUGAGUUGACACAAGAAAUUUCCGCAUAUCGAGUCGAUAUGGAUCUCCCGGGGGGUGAAGAUAGUAUAACAUGA